AUGGGGCUCCUGCCCGAGCCCGGCGCGCGCCGGGGCAGCGACGCCUCCGCUGGCCGAGCCGGCCGCUGUCCCCGCUCCGUCUUCGGCAACAUUAAGAUGUUCGUGCUCUGCCACGGCCUCCUGCAGCUCUGCCAGCUCCUGUACAGCGCCUACUUCAAGAGCAGCCUCACCACCAUCGAGAAGCGCUUCGGGCUCUCCAGUUCUUCCUCGGGUCUCAUCUCCAGCUUGAACGAGAUCAGCAAUGCCAUCCUCAUCAUCUUUGUCAGCUACUUCGGCAGCCGGGUGCACCGUCCACGGCUGAUCGGCAUCGGGGGUCUCCUGCUGGCGGCUGGUGCCUUCAUCCUCACCCUGCCGCACUUCCUCUCGGAGCCCUACCAGUACACCUCGGUCAGCGUCGUGAACAGCAGCCGUUUCCAGGCCGAGCUCUGCAGGAGGCAUGGGCAGGACCUGCCCCCCAGUAAGUGCCACAGCGUCACCCAGGACCCCCGAGGGGAGACCCACAGCAUGUGGGGGCUGAUGGUGGUCGCCCAGCUGCUGGCCGGCAUUGGGACCGUGCCCAUUCAGCCAUUUGGCAUCUCCUACGUGGACGACUUCGCAGAGCCCAACAACUCACCCCUGUACAUCUCCAUCUUAUUUGCCAUUGCUGUGUUUGGGCCAGCAUUCGGGUACCUGCUGGGCUCUGUCAUGCUGCAGAUCUUUGUAGACUACGGCAGGGUGGACACAGCUGCCGUUAACCUGAGCCCGGGUGACCCCCGAUGGAUUGGAGCCUGGUGGCUGGGCCUGCUCAUUUCUUCAGGCUUCUUGGUUCUCACUUCGUUGCCCUUUUUUUUCUUUCCCAGAGCGAUGCCCCGAGUUGUAGAGAGGUCUCCUGCCACAGUGGAUGAGGCAACGAAGAUGGAGGAGGUCAAGUCCAGAGGCUCCCUGGUGGAUUUCAUUAAACGGUUCCCACGCAUCUUCCUGAGGCUGCUGAUGAACCCGCUCUUCGUGCUGGUGGUGCUGGCCCAGUGCACCUUCUCCUCCGUCAUCGCCGGCCUCUCCACGUUCCUCAACAAGUUCCUGGAGAAGCAGUACGGCACCUCAGCUGCCUAUGCCAACUUCCUCAUCGGUGCGGUGAACCUGCCCGCUGCGGCCUUGGGGAUGCUGUUCGGAGGCAUCCUCAUGAAGCGGUUCGUGUUCCCUCUGCAAACCAUCCCCCGGGUGGCCGCCACCAUCAUCACCAUCUCCAUGAUCCUCUGCGCCCCGCUCUUCUUCAUGGGGUGCUCCACCCCGGCCGUGGCUGAGGUCUACCCACCCAGCACAUCAAGUUCUAUACAUCCGCAGCCUCCUGCCUGCCGCGGGGACUGCGCGUGCCCGGAUUCCGUCUUCCACCCUGUCUGCGGAGACAACGGUGUCGAGUACCUGUCCCCUUGCCACGCCGGCUGCAGCAACAUCAACGUGAGCUCUGCAGCCUCCAAGCAACCGGUCUACUUGAACUGCAGCUGCGUGAGCGGGGGAUCGGCGUCAGCGAGAGCGGGACCCUGCCCCAUCCCCUGCGCCCACUUCCUGCUCCCCACCAUCUUCCUCAUCUCCUUUGCGGCCCUGAUCGCCUGCAUUUCCCACAAUCCCCUCUACAUGAUGGUUCUGCGUGUGGUGAACCAGGAAGAAAAGUCCUUUGCCAUCGGGGUCCAGUUCCUGCUGAUGCGCUUACUGGCCUGGCUGCCAGCUCCAGCCCUGUACGGCCUCACCAUCGACUACUCCUGCGUCCGGUGGAGCCUGCAGUGUUCAGGGCGGCGAGGGGCCUGCAUCUACUAUGACAAUGAUGCCCUCCGGGACAGGUACCUGGGCCUGCAGUUGGGCUACAAGGUGCUGGGCACGCUGCUCCUCUUCCUGGUCAGCUGGCGGGUGAAGAGGAACAGAGAGUACAACGUGCAGGAGAAGGCCGCUGGCCUCAUCUGACCACGGCCCGGCCCGAGCCUGGCCGCCCUCCACACUGCCUUAUUUACUAGUGUUAACGCACCCUUUCCUUUGUGUUCUUUAAGUUAGAGAGAAAAACCCCGGUCACCAUUUGCCUUCCCUGCCUCUGCCUCCCGGAGGACCCCACUGUGCACCCUGGCUGAGAGCUGAGAGCCACUGUGCACCCUGGCUGGGUGGGCACGGAGCCGGCGGGCCCCCAUGCGCCCAGGUUCCUCUCGGUGCUGGAUACCCACUGAGGGAUACCCACUCUGGAUGCCCACUGAGGCAGCCCUGUCUGCCCCUCGCCAGGCCAGCCUGGGAGCAAAAGGCUACCUCCCCCCCUUGCCUUCCUUGUGGGGGCACCCAGCUCCCUCUCCAGUGCACACACCCUGCAGAGGGGCAGG